CAGGGAGGGGUGUGUCUCUAUAAGACGACCGAGCAACAGCAUCCUCUUAGGAAACAAACAGAAGCAGGCAAUAGGAGAAUAUAACCGCCUUCAGUUUCAGCAGAUCUGCUCAGGACAGGUGCCUGAACCGCACACAGCUCAGAGUGCACUUCAGCUGUUAACACACUCCGUGAUGAAGACUCCACUGUGGACGCUACUGUUGCUUGGACUGUGUAACCCAGCAUGGUGUGACUGCCAGAAGGAUUGCCUCUUCUGCAGCCAAAAACUGCCUAAUGAAUAUGCCUUCAACAAUUUGGUUUGUCUGGUAGAGUGUCAUGGUAAACUUUCACCAGGCAACUCCUGGGAGAUGUGUCGCAGGACCAUUGUGGAGCAGAAACCAAAAGCCUCAUUAUCAGUUGGAGGUGCCAUGCUGAAAAGAGCAGAUGAGGAGGCAGACACCUCUCUGCCUAUGGACCAGGAUGAUGGGCAGUUUUCUGAUACCCUCCAGAGGUUUGACCACAUAACACGGGCUUUGGAAAUGGAUGAUCAGGACCGAGAUAUGCAACUCAGUAAAAAAUACAAGUUCCUGCAAGUACAGUCGGCACAGGAAUCUGAGGAAGAGCGAGAUGGAGACAGCGAGAUGGAAGGCAAUGAGGAAGAAGCUGCCAUCCACCUAAUCAAACGCUUUGGAGGGUUCCUCAAAAACAAGUAUGGCUACAGGAAGUUCAUGGAUCCUGGCAGGCCUUUGCAAAAGAGAUAUGGGGGUUUCAUAGGCGUCCGCAAAUCCGCUCGCAAAUGGAACAACCAGAAGCGUUUUAGCGAGUUCCUCAAGCAGUAUUUGGGCAUGAGUACUCGAGCUAGCGAGUUCAAUAGUAUGUCUGCUGAUGUCACCCAACCGAAUGAGUAAGCUUUGACCUUUGAAGCGAAUAAAAUUACCCAGCAAACCAUUUGUUAUGCUCAUUCGAAAGAUAUCAUGCACCGUUCUCCUCAAACACAAAAAGCUCUCAUAGUGCCACAGAGUUAGAUGUGCAUUUACUCACUGAAGCAUCUAAUCUGUGUCAAACAAAGCUAACAAUAAGUGAUAUUAGCUUGAAGUUUGAAGAAAACUAUUCAGAUUCAAUUCGAGACAUCUAUAGAUUGGUAUUGUAUAUGAAGGCCCCUGUAGUUUAAUUCUACAUUGUACAUUCUACAAAAGACCAUUUGAAAACUUUAUCAGAUUCAAAUCCAUCUCCUCUACAACACUGCCACCUAUUGGUCAAUGAAAAUUCCCAUAAUGAAAACUCCAAACUAAGGUGGGAUGUCAUUUAGACGGUAAUUACACAAAAUAGAAUGAUUAAAGGAAUAGUUCACCAAAAAAAAUGUAAAAAAAAAUUGUCACGACUUACUUAACAUUAUGUCGUUUUGAGCUCCAAACGCACCGUAAAUCACCACUAAAGUCAAGACUUUUUUUAAGUACGUUUUUAACUCAUUUUUGCCAUCAAACCUAAUUUUUGCUUUCAAAUCUCGAAUCAAAUUUGCGACGCUGCAAUUUGGUCACGUGACGAACCAAUUAUGUUUGGGAAUGGGAAGCGAUAGAUUACUCAUAAAUCUGUGAUUUCAGAAGACUUGGAGUAUAGUCAUAUGGACUACUUUUUAUGCCACAUUUUGUUAUUUUUGGAGCUUAAUGGGCUGUAUAAAUAGCAAUCUGCUUUCAUUGUAUGGAAAACAUAACUAUUUUACGAAGUAGCGUUUUUGUAUGAUUUCGUACAAUGUGAAUCAUAUGACAAUAUGCUUUUAAGAAAAAAAGAAAGCCCAAACCAGCCCAAACCUCACUCCUAAACAUAACCAUCACUGUGCGUAAACAGUACAAAUAUGAUUGUACCGAUGAUUUCAAACUAGCCACCAAUUUGCCAAAACGUAAAACAGUUAUGAAUUGCCAUGAGAUUGUAUUGGGUGAAGAGCAGCUUGAACAAUCUGCUUAACAUCUCCUUUUUGGUUUUAAUGAAGAAGGAAUAUAAAAUGGGGUCAGAACGAUAUGAGCGCAAGUAAUUGAUGAUAGAAUUUUCAUUUUUUGGUGAACUAUCCCUCUAAGGGGAUUAAGGAAAGCUAAUCUGUGUUUACGGUCUCCCCCCCCCAAAAUAAAUAAAGCCAGAUUUCACAUAAAUCAUUCCAGCAAAGACUCAUCACUGUAAAAUGCCUAUACAAACAUAACAAAUUCUAUCAUGCACAUGCACAGAGUUUGCUUCCUCAUCAAAAAGUGGAAAACCAAAAGCUUUCAUUUUAUUUUUUUGAAGCUGUCAAAGUUUAUUUGUAUUUGUGCAUACGAAAUGAUGUAUUUAUGCAAACAUUACUGAGUCAUGCUUUUCCCUUUAUUCCAAUACUAAAACUCAUGAUGUUCAAUAAAUGAUCUGUACAUAGUAACACUGAACUGUCAAUAAAAUAGUUUACUAUUUUC